AUGCGGUCGAUCGGAACCCCGGCAGAAUGGCGAUUGUGGCUCGAGAACGACACUCCAUCACUUCACAAAGACUCUGGUCUUGUACUAAUAAUUGCCAGACGGCCAUAUGUUCCUUCGAUAAAGCUUUACGAUGGAGGAAGCUCUCCUAAUGCGCAGUCUUUGAGAUCCGUGCCUGAAUCUUUCGAUGAGAAAUUUGGACCUCUCAGCUCGACUAGCAAUGGAACGUGGUCAAGCCACUCUAUCGCGAAUAUUGAGUGUCAGGCCGGCACGUCAGAGUUGCCGAAAGGUGGCAAGAGGGAGGUUCGCCAACUACCUUUUGAUCAGAAUACUUUCAGGGACAUUUGUGACAGAUUCUUUAUACACUCUUCGAUAGCACGAGUCAUCAACCGGGCAGAUGUUCCUGUGUUUUCUAGAUUCUUUGUUACUAUGAGGCUGGAAGAUUCAGAUCCAACUGGCCAAACUGCUAUAGGUAUGCGCCCUACCCGUAGCCAAACAGCUGCAUUAUUAAACUCAAUUACAGUAUACCAGUGCAGAUCAUCUAAUACAUGGGCGGACGACAUGGCUCUGACGGCCACUCACUUUCCCCAGAGCAACUUAACCUAUGCGGUACUAUUUGGGUGUACAGCCGAGGCUGAACGCAACGUCAUCAGCCGAUUAAGUCGCGCGACGGACCACGCAUUCUACCCUCUGCUCCUACCAGGGAUAUUCGCAGAGCUGGAAAGAGAUCGGAUGGCGAAGGUCGUCACAGAAACGGUUGAUGCCAUCGAAGGAGCAAUCUUCGAGCUUGGCACCGGUAACCCGGUCGAAGGCGAGGAGGUUCUGGAAGAGGAUAAGAUUGACAUGCGACAUUCUCGAAGGUCUGCUUGGCUAAAUACAACAUUUCUUCGGAACAGCCUAAGAGCAUGGAAGGGUCAACUUCGAAAGAUGGCAGACCAUGUUGCUGAGCUAUCUAGUCUCCACAGGGGCCAGAAAAUUGAUGGAGUUUACAGACAGCUCAAGAAAGAGGAAGAGCAGAAGAAGACUGACAUAUCGUUGGAUCGGACAGAACUGAUGAUCUACGAUAGAAUCCAGGCUCUCAUUGAGGAAUUUGAGGAUAGGAUUCAAGAAUGCACGAUGAGCGUUGAGGGAAUGACGAUUGCCACACAAUGGGCUCAGGGAGACACCAAUGUGGACAUUGCAACAGCUACCGGUCGGGAUUCGAGGCAAAUGCGUUCUAUUGCUGUGGUAACAAUGGUGUUUCUUCCGGGCACAUUCUUCGCAACAUUGUUCUCCAUGUCAUUCUUUAACUGGUCUCCAGAUGACUCCCAGUCGUCCGUCGUGUCCAGCUAUAUUUGGGUCUACUUUCUUGUCACUGGUGUCUUCACUAUAUCCACCCUUCUUCUCUGGUGGUAUUUUCUUUCAUCUCGCAGAAAGAAGUACAGAAGUUGCAGUUUCGCUACAUACCUUCUGAAAGUCUGA